UUGGUCGUCCCCACACCAUUUGUCCGCUUCAGUGAGACUCCAUAAAAUCCCGUGGCUCCUUUUUCCAUUGCAGCGGUUGCAUGCACACACCUCUCUCUCUCUCCAAUGUUGCAGGUUGAUUAUCGCAUUCUAUGUUCUUUGACCGAUUCCAAAUGCAGAGUAGUGACUUGUAGACAAAGAAAUAAAAAAGCCCCAGACGUUGAAGACAUGUCAGAUGCGGAAACCAUCAUGCUUGACAAACGUGGGUCAUGGAGGAGCAUGAAUAGCAAAAAGCUCUCAAGAAAGAGGGGUGGUUCAUUAAGGGGACGAGGUUGGAAGUAUGGUUCUGGAUUUGUUGAUGGAAUUUUCCCUGUACUAAGUCCCAAUGCUCAUCACCUUUUGCAAUUUGUCCAAAAGAACCCCGAAAAUAGUAAAUUGUGGGCUUUACUGGGCAAUGUUUCAACUACUCAUGACUUGUGGGAUGACCUCAUAAAUGUUGCUGUUCAAUUUCGUAUCAAGAAACAAUGGGAUCAUAUUAUCUCGGUUUGUGAGUGGAUACUUCAGAAGAGUUCCUUCCGGCCCGAUGUCAUCUGCUAUAAUUUGCUUAUAGAUGCUUAUUGCCAUAAUUCCCAGUAUAAGAAAGCAGAAUCAGUUUACUUGAGACUUCUUGAGGAUCGAUGCAUUCCGACAGAGGACACUUAUGCUCUUCUUAUACGAGCAUAUUGCAAUUCUGGAUUGCUAGAGAAGGCUGAGGCUGUCUUUGUGGAAAUGAGAAAGCAUGGGUUGGCGUCAAGUGUGGUUGUGUACAAUGCCUAUAUUGAUGGCUUGGUGAAGAGAAGAAACACACUUAAAGCAGAAGAGGUCUUUCAGAGGAUGAAGAAGAAUAGGUGCCAGCCAUCAACUGAUACCUAUACAUUGAUGAUCAAUCUCUACGGAAGGGGGAAGCGCUCCCACAUGGCAUUGAAGAUGUUUAAUGAGAUGAAAAAUGUAAAAUGCAAGCCCAAUAUUUGCACUUACACUGCAUUAAUCAAUGCAUAUGCAAGGGAAGCAUUGUGUGAGAAAGCAGAAGAGAUAUUUGAAGCUUUGCAAGAUGCUGGGCAUGAGCCUGAUGUAUAUGUAUACAAUGCCCUCAUGGAAGCUUAUAGUCGUGCAGGUUUUCCAUAUGGAGCUGCUGAAAUAUUUUCACUCAUGCAACACAUGGGAUGUGAACCAGAUCAAGCUUCAUACAAUAUAAUGGUCGAUGCAUAUGGGAGAGCCGGUCUCCAUGAGGAUGCAAGAGCUGUAUUUGAAGAACUAAAGAGACAGGGAAUGAAACCGACCAUGAAGUCUCACAUGCUACUCUUAACUGCAUACUCUAGAAUGGGAAAAGUUGCAGAAUGUGAAGAGAUUGUAAAUCAGAUGCAUAAAUCAGGGCUUGAACCUGACACAUUUGUCCUUAACAGUAUGCUAAACACAUAUGGUCAGAUGGGUUACUUUAAUAAGAUGGAUGAAGUUUUACAUGCAAUGAAGAAAGGACCAUAUGAAGCUGAUAUUAGCACAUAUAACAUACUGAUAAACGUGCACAGUAGAGCGGGCUUUGUUGAUAGAGUGGAGGAAGUCUUCCAAUCCAUUCUUCAGAAGAAUCUAAAACCAGAUGUGAUAACUUGGACUUCAAGGCUUGGUGCCUACUCUAGGAAGAAGCAAUACAAGAAAUGCAUCGAAAUUUUUGAAGAAAUGAUUGAUUCUGGCUGCUAUCCAGAUGGGGGAACAGCCAAAGUUCUUCUCUCCUCAUGCACAAACCAGGAUCAGAUUGAACAGGUGACAACAGUCAUUAGAAUGAUGCAUAAAGAGACGACGACAUUACGUCCUAUCUGACUUCUAAGGGCAUGUACUAUGACCUUUAUUUUGAUUUUUAUUCUUACCAGGUAACUGAGUUCUAAGGAUCUUUUGUGAAUGCUACAUGUGCUAGGAAUGUUUUUGCAUUGAAAAUAUUGAGAUGUAGUGUGGCUAGUGGUAUUUUAUUUCA